UUUUUACACACUAAAUCACAGAGAUAGUGGGAGAGAAAAAGACCCAUUAUUUAUUUUUUUAAAAACACAUUUUCACCGAAAACCCCAAUUUUAACACACAGUAACACGCACUAGAAGGUGAUGUUAGAUCCAGCAAAUGAUGUGUUGCCACCACCUUCCUCCCCCACUGCUUCUUCCAUCUCCUCUUCUGAUCUUGACACCGAGUCGACGGGUUCAUUCUUCCACGACAGAAGCACAUCGCUGGGAACCCUAAUGGGGGUAACCCUCCAAGCCAUCACAUUCAGAGCGGCCUCCCAGCACCGCCAGCAGGAAAUCCCCGCCUCCGCCGUGAGCGGUGGUCGGAGGAAUAAGAAACCCAAGGGCAGGACGGUGGCGGCGGCGCGGCAGAGGCGGCAGUGGUGGAGGCUGUGCAGGGACGAGUGUGGAUCCAGAAGGGCGUCUCUUGGGGAUUAUUUGGAGGUGGAGAGGAGAUUUGGUGACGGCGGCGGCGGCGGCGGUGGUGGUGGUGGGCAGGCGGCGGAGAUGGAAGAAGGGAUAGUUCAGGAGAUGCCGAGAAAUGGGAGGGCUUUGUUUGCUGACGGGAGAGUUCUGCCGCCGGUGGAAGCGGUGGCGGAUUCGUCGCCGUCGGCGGCGGCGGGGCUAUGUAGAUUCUCGGUGGUGGAGCGGUGGUGUAAUUUAGUGUAGUGUUCUGCUGUAGUGUUGUCAAUUACUUCUUUUGGUGUUUUGCUUUUUCUCUUUUCUCCUUUAAUUCUUAUUAUUUUUAUCCUUAAAUACUU